AUGCCACAAGUUCAUGAAUUUCUCUUAUAUUUACUUAAUUAUUUUUAUUGGUUUUUUGAAACCAUGGAUAAUACUUUAUCAAAAAAUGAACGAUAUAUAGAUCGUUCACAAAUGGAAAAAAAUCGUAUUCGUAUUGCAUAUGCUAAUUUACUUACUUGUCUACGUGAACUUGGUUGUAAAUAUGCUAUAUUAUUAUUAGGUAUUGAUCUAAAAGAUUUUCAUCAUAUGCGUAAUGGCGAUCUUUAUUAUUCAUGUACACAUAUUGAUCGAACUAUAUAUGAAUCUCUUUUUAUUUUUUCAACAUAUUUUACUUGGAUUACAUUUUAUAGACAAAAUUUUGAUUCGAUUCGUAAUGAAUUAGCUCGAUUAUUUCGAGCUGAUGGUGAUGUUGAAAUGCUUCAAAUUCCAACGACAGAAAGUUUAGAAGGUCGAAUGAAAAAUGAUACAGUAAUUGAUUCUAUAAAUCGACAUAAACUUAUUGAUUGCACUGAAUUUUUUUCAAAAUCAAUGGCUAAAAAAGCUGCAACUACAAGAAUAAGUGAAAUACAGAAUAGAAAAAAUUCUCUACAACGUACAAGUUUAAUGUUUUGGAAUUUCAAUAAAAAAUCUAGUGAAUCAAAUACAUGGAUUAAACAAAAUACGUCAAAAAGUCGAUUAAAAAGUGUUUUAGCAAAAGAUUUCCAUGAUCAAAGACAAAAAUUAUUUAUUUCUCAACGUAAAAAUCGUUUGCGUGGUAUUUUAACAAAACAGUUAAAAAGUCGAAAUCAAAGUCUUAUUGAAGAACAAUAUCGUCAUUUAAAGAGUAGUAUUGGAAUUAUUGGCAAAUCUUAUUCAGAUUUUGAUUUAAUACGCUUGACAUUAAAACCUAAUAUUGCAGAUAAUAUCAAUAUGCCUACAGAAUUUCUUGUUACUUUACCAGAUGAAAUGAAUAACACAAUACUGCAUUAUGAUCAAAUCAUGGAUAAUAAUCAUUUAGACACUAACAAAUAUCAAGUAUAA